AUGACUUCCUACGCCGCGACCCGCUCAACCGGCCACCCACACCAGCCGAACCACAUCCACUCCGAACCAGAGGACACAUCUUUCUACCACGACGAAUAUUCCCCUGAACCUGAGCCAGAGCUCGACGAAGAACAGGAAGCGUUGAAACGGUACUCGAGAGAGCUGGUGCAGUACCUUAUUGGGAAGUAUUUGGAGGCGAAGGAAGGGGAGAGAAUAGCACGCGAGGCAAGGGCUCGGGAUGCAAGAGGAAGGGAGGGGAGGAGGGAGGGCUUAGUUCCGCCCACACUCAUGCAAUCCCAUACCAACUACGACAUGCACUUUCCGGUGGCACAAGCCUCAGCGUCAGCAAAGUCCAGCGCUUCUCAGCUCGCUCUAAUCCCGCUAUACAGAGCCCUUCUGCGAGCUCACAGGUCGUUACCGAAGGAUAUGCGAGGUCUUGGAGACUCUUAUGUCAAGUCCGAAUUUCGCCUACACAAAGACACCACCAACCCCCUUCACAUCCUUGGUUUCCAGACCCAAUGGAUGUCUUACCUGCGCACUAUCCAGGCCCAGGCGAAGGAGGAGGGUGGUGUGAGGGGGGAGAAGCUGGGAGGAGUAUUGGGGAAGAUGAGCGGGGAACAGGUGGGGCAGAUUUGGGAGGUGAGGAGAGUGGUGGAGGAGGUUUGGAGUGUCGGAGAGAAGAACGGGGAGCAGGGCGGUGGGAAAGAGGGACAGGGGAAGGAGUAG